UGAAGAUCAUUACAAAACCGAAAUGCCAGCGGAAACAACAAAAUAUAAUUAUAUUAUUUAGUGUUUCAGAAGAAUGAAAGACGGACAAGCACUGUAUUUGAUAUUUCUUAUUACAAAGUAUUUAAAAAGUAUCUACUAUUCUUGGGACAGUUUCCAAAUCAAUCGCACUGGAGUAAGAAACUUAAUCUAACCGUGAUGAUAGGCAGUCUAUUGACAUUACAUUAUCCAGGUUUUGUACAAAUUUAUACGUCAUUAUACGCAAAAGAUGUGGCAAGUUUCUUGGAAGCCGUACCUGUAAUAACUACGUUAACAGCUGCCUUAAUAAAAUUGCUAAAUCAUGUAAUUUACAAGGAAAAUUUCGAAAAGAUGUUCCAUAUCAUAAAGAAAGACUGGGAAUUGUUAAACGAUAAGAGUCAAACACAUAUUCUUGAGGAAAUUACUAAGGAAGGAAAUAAGAUUGGUGAAAUAUAUAGAACUUUUAUGUUAUCAUGUAUGUUAGGAUUUAUAAUUAUUCCAUUGACCCCUGUGAUCUUGGAUAUCAUCUCACCGCUCAAUGAAACUCGCCAUCGUGAACAAAUGUUUAGAGUAACAUACUUUCUAGAUGAAAAUCGGUACUUUUACCCUAUAUAUUUUCAUUCACUUUGGUGUGCAUUUGUAAUAACGAUAAUUGCAAUCACUAUCGAUUCAUUAUACAUACAAAUUGUUCAUCACGAUAGCGCCUUAUUUGCCAUAUGUGGGCAGGCCCUCAUAACAGCACGAAAAUCUACUGAUGUCGACACAAAUGGAACUUACACUGAAUGGCUUAGGCAAUGUUUGACUAUGCAUAACGAUGCCCUCCAAUUCUUUGAGAUGCUAGAUGACAGCAGCCGUAGAAGUUACUUUUUUCAAAUUUUGCUAACUAUGGUCGGUAUGACCGUAACAGCCGUACAAGCCGUUAUGAAUCUGCAUCAACCUGAAGAAGCUCUCAGAAUUGGUCUGUUUCUUGUGGCUCAACAAUUCCAUUUGCUUAUUAUUACUUUACCUGGGCAAGUGAUCACGGAUUAUAGUUUUGAGUUGACUAACGAUAUAUACCGCUCAAUGUGGUACAACAUGCCAAUAAAUGAUCAAAGAAUACUUCACAUGAUGCAAAUGAGAUCUAGUAAACCAUGUAAGUUGACAGCAGGAGGGAUAUACGAAAUGAACAUAGAGAAUUUUGGAAUAACAUUUAAAACAUGUGUAUCGUAUUUCACGGUUCUCCUAUCCUUGGGUGACUGAUUCGUUUUCAAAAUGAAUUUGAAUGAAAGCCGUAUGUUCAA